CCUGUGACCCACGGCCCUGCUUGUACCCCCAAGGGGAGCUGGGAAGGAGGCACCUGUCUGACUGGGGCUCUGCCUCUCGUCGUCCUCUCCUCUGUUUGCUGCCCAGCAUGGCAAGCUGCUUGGCACCCCCGUUGCUACUGCUACUGCUUCUAGGGUCACCGAGCGCUGUCGCACCGAACCGAUGCGUGGACGCGGCCGACGCGUGCACCGCGGAUGCGCGAUGCCAGCGGUUGCGCACCGCAUACGUGGUGCAGUGCCUGGGUCGGGCCGCGCCGGGGAGCUGCCCCCGCGCCCGCUGCCGCCGCGCCCUGCGCCGCUUCUUCGCCCGCGGGCCGCCCGAGCUUACCCACGCGCUGCUCUUCUGCCCGUGCGGCGGCCCCGCAUGUGCCGAGCGCCGGCGCCAGACCUUCGUGCCCUCCUGCGCCUUCUCGGGUCCUGAACCGGCCCCGCCCUCCUGCCUCGCGCCCUUAGACGCCUGCGAGCACAGCCGGGUCUGCAGGCCCCGCCUCUUGGCCUUCCAGGCUUCCUGCGCGCCUGCCCCCAGCAACCUGGACGGCUGCCUUCGAGACCAGAUCCCCAGCUGCCUGCGCGCCUACGCCGGCCUCGUGGGCACCGCCGUCACCCCCAACUACGUGGACAACGCUAGCGCGCGCGUGGCACCCUGGUGCGACUGCGGAGCUAGCGGAAACCGGCGCGAGGAGUGCGAAGUCUUCCGGGGGCUCUUCACAAGGAACCGCUGCUUGGAUAGAGCCAUACAGGCCUUUGACGGUGGGUGGCCCUCAGUCCUACACGACCAGCUGGACCCCCACCAGGACCCUGAGCACAGCCUCCUACAGGUGUCCUCUGCAGAUGCAUCCCUGGAGGGGAGCUCCAUGCUCUCCGUGCUCCCUGUUCUGGUUCUCCAGCCCCUGCUCUGAUGAGAACAGCAGACCUUGGACAACAGCCAACUGUCCCACCCUGCCUGGGAUACUGGGCCUAAUUGGUGACCUACUGCCCCACUGAAAAGGGACUGGCUUACCUCCCAAGCUGGCCCCAGUGCUCUUGCCUUACUGCCCUUUGCAGGUCUGGACACUUUUAUCAUGCUUUAAGGGUAGACUUAAACAGACUUGUAGGCAAAACUCCCUCUGAACAGACUUGUAGGCAAAACUCCCUUUACUACUCCAGCCGUCAUGGCAUCCUCCCAGUUAGGCACCACCCAUCAUGAUAGCCACCUGCACCCCAUAACUAACGUUGUCAGAGUGUUUCCUGUCCACGAUAUGCUGCUUGUGGGACACCACCUAGAGUGAGAAUCCAGUUCCCUACAUUGCACUGGUCAUAUGGCCAUCUUCCCAGUGGUUCAACCUGGCACUAGGAAUGGCAUCCAUAACUCAAUAAAUCCAUGUGCACUGAGA